AUGACACAAGAUCAGCCAGGCCCUUUGGCCGACUCCAAGCCUGUGGCGCAUCACGACCCGUCGCACGAAGAACACCAAUACCUCAACCUGAUCCGCACAAUCCUCGACAACGGCGAACACCGGCCCGAUAGAACAGGCACAGGAACUCGCUCCAUUUUUGCACCCCCUCAGCUGCGCUUUUCCCUCUCCAAGCCAGAUCCAAAUGGUGGAGAUCCCAUCAAAGUCUUGCCACUUCUGACUACAAAGCGAGUCUUCCUGCGUGCUGUCCUCGCGGAAUUGCUCUGGUUCAUUGCCGGAUCAACGUCGUCUUUGCCAUUAUCUGAGGCCGGAAUCAAAAUCUGGGACGGGAACGGCAGUCGCGAGUUCCUCGACAAGGUCGGUCUGGGCCAUCGAGCAGAGGGCGACCUUGGACCCGUGUACGGCUUCCAAUGGCGACACUUCGGCGCGGAGUACGUGGAUGCGCAGGCCGAUUAUACGGGUCAGGGUGUUGAUCAGCUCAAGGAGGUUGUGGUCAAGAUUAUGAAUUCGCCCUUUGAUCGUCGGAUUAUCAUGAGCGCUUGGAAUCCGGCCGAUUUGAAAAAGAUGGCGCUCCCACCUUGUCACAUGUUUGCCCAGUUCUACGUGUCUUUCCCUCCUAGUAUGAAAUUGGAUGAGGAGACGGGAAAGCCGAACGAAAAGGGUACCUUGUCAUGCUUGUUGUAUCAACGGUCUUGUGAUAUGGGUCUCGGGGUGCCGUUCAACAUUGCCUCGUACGCCUUGUUAACGCAUAUCCUGGCCCAUGCAGCCGACCUGCAUCCGGGCACUUUGAUCCAUACCAUGGGCGAUGCUCACGUGUACCUGGAUCACGUUGAUGCGCUCAAUGAGCAAUUGACCCGUGAGCCGACCGAAUUCCCAGAAUUGGUCAUCAAGCGAGAUGAUCGCGGCAGUGCUGUGAUUGACGGCUGGAAGGAAGAUGAAUUCGAGGUUGUGGGUUACAAGCCCCACAAGACCAUCAAAAUGAAGAUGAGUGUGUAG